UUGGCGCUUAGUUUGAUGAGGUACAGCAGUGCCGUAAUAUUUGGACUUCGACUGGCCAGUAACCGACACCGGCAGUGCAUUCUCUCAUGGCGCACCUACCGACGUCGACACCAACUUGACGUUAGGCUACCGUACUGAAUCUGAACCAAACAUGCAGCGGAUGACGCGCGACCUGUUCACGGAGGACGAGGCGCCUCCGUUUAUGCUUACGUGAGGUGUGCAGCUGAGGCUGCAGAAGACGCUGUGUUGACAGCGACAACCAGGUGGCCUGGCCAUGUCCGUCUGGUCAGGGGACAUCCACGGUGGGAUUCAGCUGCCACCGAACUUCAAGAUGUCACACGACAAUGAAUCAGUCAAGUCAGGCCCCAGUGAGCGGUCCCGGAGGUCGUCGUCCUCUCGACACCAUAACCACAGCAACAACAUCCAGAACCACCACCAGCAGCACCACCAACAGCGGCAGCAGCAACAGCAAAAGCAAGAGGAUGGUCCCCAUCAGUCGUACCGUGCCAGCCGGAGGCACUCGCAUCGCUCCACUCGGUCGUGUCCCACGCAAGUCAAGGUUGGCGAUCGAAGGGAUGAGGUCAUCGAGGUGCAGAUUCUGCCGCAAGAUGAUAAUUGGGGCGACAACACGACUGCCAUCACGGGAAACACGAGCGAGCGUUCAAUGAGCGCCGAGGACGUGUCGAGGCUCGGUAGGGAGCCGGAAGGCACGCCCGGAGGGCUUUUUCGCUGCCAUAUGUGGGCCGGGACAGUGCUGACGAGCAUUCUGUCCUUAGCGGCAUUCCUCUCUCCGAUGGUGAUGGUAGCGCUACCACGAAUCGAAAUUCUAGAGUGGAAAGUGCAAAAGUGUGGACCAGAGUGUGACGGCCUUCUCAUCAGCUUCGCAUUCAAGCUGCUUAUCCUCGCGGUUGCCACCUGGGCUCUAUUCGUGCGAAGGCCUCGUGCAACGAUGCCACGAAUAUUCAUCCUGAGAGCGGUGGUGCUCGCCCUGGUCUUUGUGUUCAUCUUCUCAUACUGGCUGUUCUUCUGUGUCCGCAUCUACGAGCGACGCCACCAGGACUACGAGUUGACGUACCUGAGCAUAGUGCAGUUCGCUCUGUCCCUGGUGGACUCCCUUCUGUUUAUUCACUACAUGGCUGUCAUUCUUGUUGAAAUACGGCAGCUGCAGCCACAGUACUAUGUGAAGAUUGUGCGCUCACCCGAUGGCCAGAGCCGGAGCUACACAGUCGGCCAGCUCAGUAUACAGAGGGCAGCUGUAUGGAUGCUCGAGAAGUACUAUCAGGAUUUUCCCAUUUACAACCCUUACCUGGAAACGGUUCCAAGUCGUCACCGAAAGCAGCAACAGCAGCAGCAGGCUUUCAAGGUCUAUGACGUUGAUGGUGUCGCAGAAGAUGACCAAGCUCCGCUAAACCAGACAGUUCUGCCUGGACGACGGUCAGGUCACAAUGAUCGAUUUUACGAGGAGCAUGAAUACGAGCGGAGAGUGCGGAAGCGCAGAGCCAGGCUCGUGUCAGCAGCCGAGGAAGCAUUUACUCACAUCAAACGAAUGCAAGAUGAAAAUGGGCCGGCCAUUCCAAUGGACCCUACUGAAGCCGCGCAGGCCAUCUUUCCGUCCAUGGCCCGUGCUCUGCAGAAGUACUUGCGCAUCACCCGCCAGCAGCCCCGUCACACCAUGCAGGGGAUCCUAGAGCACCUGUCACAGUGCCUUCACUAUGACCUCAGCCCAAAGGCCUUUCUCGAGAAGUACAUUCAGUCUUCGCCCGUGCUCCAGGACGAUCGCGAGUUGCGCCCAGUCCAGACGUGGGCGCUCGUUUGCGAUGUGCUGCUGUCGCGGCCUCUCAAGCCCGGAGUCACGUUUCUCCUCAGGCAGGGUGAGGUGUCCCUGCUGGUCAGCGUCCAUGCCCUGCCUCACUUCAACGUCACCGAGGAGAUUGUCGACCCAAAGUCCAACCGCUUCGUGCUUCGGCUGAAUUCUGAGACCUCGGUGUGACGCCAGGUGUGAGGGGCGUUCCCUUGUCGGAUGAUUCACCGCUGACAAUAUUACUCACACUAGUGUCAACUACAGGACUUAUUUGUGGCACUGGGUGUUACAAAUGUGCUUGUUUUGAUCGAGCGUCUUGCAAGAUAGACUUUCACAGAAGUUUCCGCCGGCUUAAAGACAUUGGUGUGAUGCUGGUUGUAACGGACACUCUUCCCAUUCGGUCAGAGAUUUUCUGCGAGAGACCAAGGAAAGAGCGGGCGUCAGCGUGACGGUGCAGUGUGAAUGACACGGGUUAGAGCGUUGCAUGUUGGUGUGUUGUGUUUUGCUGUCCAGCCUGUGAUCUCUUUCCUAAAAUAGGACGUCCCUAAAAGUACAUGUUUGGGUGGAAGUGUUGGACUAGGCUGAAUGGUUUGCAGUCCUGUUGCUUACCUAGCCAUCUUAGUAAGCUUGUCACUGUUUGUAGGUCUGCUGUAGAAUAUCUGGCGAUAAGAACUACUCAACCAGCUCAGAACAAUUAUGUGAAGUGUACGUCACCUUGCAGGAUAUAUAGUAGUUAGUCUUUUGUUACUUUAAAUCACUGUCCCCUGCCAAAUAGUGUUGUAGAAAUCACCACUAGGACAUAUGUCAGCAAUAUAGUGUAAUGUGUUAUGAACACUACUUUUUACAUUUGAAGUUGUGUGUUUACAUUUGAAAUUGUUAGAAAAGCACCUCAAUGAGACAUAUGCAACGGACUUAUGAUUAUCUGAUUCAUGGGCCUUCACAGCUGUCACUACUUAACAGGCAUGUUAUAUAAACAGGCUCGAAUCAGUCACACAUUAGUUGCCAAAACCAAAGACGCAACUGAUAUCCCCUUAAGGUAUAUCAAUAACAAUAUGUUACUAUGUUGCUCAUGAACAAAUUGAUAGUAUUGCAGACUCUAUCUGUAAUUCCAGAGAGUACAGUUGAGGAAUUAAAUUCUCACGUUUAACUUUCUUGUACUCUACAUGUAGUACUUGCAUGUCUGACCUACUGUGAAUGCCCAUCAUUAACAUAAUGUGAUGUGCAUCAAUUUAAAGCAAAAUAUGAAAUUUUGUCACUUUUAAGAUUUGGUGAUCUAAGGCAUCAAUUUUGUUAAAUUCUAAAUAGGACGUGUUUAAAUAAUGUAACUUUACGUGCCACAUGAAUUCAUAUGCCAUUUUGUAUAAUUUUUUCUGACUGCAAGUACGAAACAGAUCGUAAUCUGCUUGUGUUCACUCUCCAUCUCAGAAGAAAAUACUGCCCACUAUUCUUCAUGACUUGGCAUUCAUUCCCAUGUACCAUGCAAUGAACUCGUGUUUGCUAUCACUACCACAAGAGCUUGAACCCAGCUUGUCCUCACACUCAGGAAUUAUAAGUCGUUUUUUCUCCCACUUAUUUCAUUGAAAAUAUUGCUAUAAAGCUCUGAACAAUCACAUGGAUUCUAUCAAUGGAAAUUUUUUUUUCUCCUAAUUUGAACUGUCAAUUCAGAAGUGUGACUCUAACAUGUGUCUAUACGAUACACAAGUUGCAAUGUGGCAAGUAACUAUUUCUUGAAAAUUGCUGCAGAUCAAAAACACUCUGAAAUGCAUGGAGCAAGGCUUUUGGGGCUGGACUGCUUUCGUAGCUUUCACAGUAUUGUUUAGUAUGUUUAAAAUUGAGUACAGUGAGCUAAUUGCUUCAAUUAGAUAGUUAUGUGUAAGUAAACUGGCUGCUUUUAACAGUAAUGAAAAGAGCUCCUGAUGCCAGGUAAUUGCAGCUUAGCCUUUCAGACUGCCAUGUUGCAGACAUCUUUCCAGCAGGCAUAGCUGCACAGCCUUUAUACUACGACGUAUAAGUAUAGUUAGGUGUGUUGUGCUUUUUGCCAGUGCAGUGUACAUGUCAGUGAUGUGGGUGUAUAUUGUGAAAGUGCACAUGUAUGUAUAUAGCCAAAAGAAUCGCUUUUUUUUGCCACGAAGCAACUAC